GUCCUAGCGGUGACGGCGUUUGUUUUCCCCGGAGUCGGGUUCCUCCGGUUGCACAAAGCCUGGGAACAGUGAGGGCAUUAGGACCAUGAGCGAGGCGCACGCCUGCGGCGUCUGGCAGAGCUUCUCGGGCCGGCUGCGCGGGGAGCAAUGUGUGAAAGGAAAUUAGCCUGCUGCCGGCUUCACAUCUGUUGAGCUGACCCGACUUGCAGGGUCCAAAAGAGGACGGCUGUCAGCUUUGCCAGACUGAGGACCCACCGGCUACCCCCAGACAUCUCAUAGCAGCCUGACAAUUCGUGCAAGGGGGGGAAGCGAAACACGUGGGACUAGGACCCCUGAGCAGAAAGGAAACAUUAUUUUUCCCAAAGAGGAAAAGGGCAUCAAAAGGUGGGGGUGGAGGGAGGCGCAAACAGUUCAGUCUGAAGUCCCUGUGAACGGGCUUUUGGAAGGCAGUUAAAGACGUCCGCUCAGAGGGGACCUGGGCUGGGACUUGGGUCCGUGGCUUUCUUAUUGUAAGUGGAAGCCGGUCUUACACACGCUGCUGGCAAAUGUCAGCGGGGGAAAAAAGGAGCAGGUUAAGUGACCGGCAGAAAAACCUUCCAGGUGGACCCAGGACGCCAGGUUCUGCUGCCAGCUUGGAGGAACCCGGAGCAGGAGGAAACAGUGAAUUUGAACAUGACCUGUUGCGUUUGGCAAGUUCCAGCCACAUGCUGGUAAGGAAGCGAUGCAGGCGUGGACCUUGCAGGCUGCAAUUCCUGCUGCUGGGAUGUGUGUUGCUGAUGCUGGCCGUGCUGCACCCUCCCCUGCCUGCCCUGCCCCAGGCUGUCCCAGCUCAGGUCGCCAAGCACGGCCCCGAAGCCGGGUACCGCCUGGACUUUGGGGAAUCCCAGGAGUGGGUGCUGGAGUCCAAGGACGAGGACCAAGAGUACGGCCCUCUGGAGGGUCUGCCGCCCUUCAUCUCACUGCGGGAGGAUCAGCUCCUGGUGGCUGUGGCCUCUCCCAGGGCGAGAGGGAACCAGAGCCAGGGCAAGAGAGGUGGCAGCUACCAGCUCAUCAAGCAGCUGAGCAGGAGGCCGGACGAGGACGCCCCCGAGAGGGACUGGGCGGCCGAGGAGGAGGACGCGGGGGCAUCUGAAGAAGAGGCGCUGACCUCGCUCAGCCUGGAGGAGGCGCUCAGUGCCCGCAUCCCCCUGCAGAGGGCGCUGCCGGAGGUACGGCAUCCACUGUGUCUGCAGCAGCAUCCCGGAGACAGCCUGCCCACAGCCAGCGUCAUCCUCUGUUUCCACGAUGAGGCCUGGUCCACCCUCCUGAGAACCGUGCAUAGCAUCCUGGACACAGCGCCCAGGGCCUACCUGAAGGAGAUCAUCCUGGUGGACGACCUCAGCCCGCAAGGACAGCUCAAGUCGGCUCUCAGCGAGUACGUGGCCCGGCUGGAGGGGGUGAAGCUGCUCAGGAGCAACAGGAGGCUGGGCGCCGCCAGGGCCCGGAUGCUGGGCGCCGCCAGGGCCACCGGGGACGUGCUGGUCUUCAUGGACGCCCACUGCGAGUGCCAUCCGGGCUGGCUGGAGCCCCUCCUGGCCAGAAUAGCUGGUGACAGGAGCAGGGUGGUGUCUCCAGUCCUAGAUGUGAUUGACUGGAAGACUUUCCAGUAUUACCCCUCCAAGGACCUGCAGCGCGGGGUAUUGGACUGGAAGCUGGAUUUCCACUGGGAGCCUUUGCCGAAGCGAGAGAGGAAGGCCCUCCUGUCCCCCAUCAGCCCCAUCAGGAGCCCUGUGCUGCCCGGCGGGGUCGUGGCCAUGGACAGACAUUACUUCCAAAACACUGGAGCGUAUGACCCUCUCAUGUCACUGAGGGGUGGCGAAAACCUCGAACUGUCUCUCAAGACCUGGCUCUGUAGGGGCUCCGUCGAAAUCCUUCCCUGCUCUCGGGUGGGGCACGUCUACCGAAAUCAGGAUGCCCACUCCCCUUUUGACUGGGAGGCCACCCUGCGGAACAAGGUUCGCAUUGCUGAGACCUGGCUGGGUGCGUUCAAAGAAACCUUCUACAGGCACAGCCCGGAGGCCUUCUCCUUGAGCAAGGCUGGGAAGCCGGACUGCACUGAACGCCAGCAGCUGCAGAGGAGGCUGGGCUGUCGGACCUUCCACUGGUUUCUGGCCAACAUCUAUCCCGAGCUCUACCCAUCUGAACGCAGGCCCAGGUUCUCUGGAAAGCUCCACAACACCGGACUUGGCUUCUGUGCAGACUGCUUGGCAGAAGGGGACGUCCUGGGCUGUGCCAUGAUGCUAGCUCCUUGCAGUGACAGCCAGCAGCAGCAGCACCUGGAUCACAUGGGCAGGAAGGAGAUCCACUAUGGCAGCCCCCACCGCCUGUGCUUCGAUGUCAGGCGAGAGCAGGUGAUUCUGCAGAACUGCACCAAGGGAGGCCCUGACAUCCAUCGGCAGCACUGGGACUACCAGGAGAAUGGAAUGAUUGUUCACAUUCUUUCUGGGAAAUGCAUAGAAGCUGUGAUGCAGGAAAACAAUAAAGAUUUGUAUUUACGUGAGUGUGAUGAAAAGCCAGCCAGCUGUGGCGAUUUGACAAUGUCAGCACCGUGGAUGAACAAUGAAUGCUACCAACAGAAGGAAAAGAGAAAUGUGACCAUAGAGGUUCAACUUAAGGGAACAACAGGAGCAUGUGCAUAUCAUGAAGGAGACCCUUUGUAUUUGUGCAGUGGUGAUAGUAGAAACAAAAACUCCACAAAUGAAUAUGGGAAGUCUUUCCUUCCCGUACCUUACUUCAUUGACCACUGGCUGUUUUAGAAAAAGAAAAACAUGGACCCAUUGUCUCAAUGUCUUCAUCACUGGUAGAUGAUCAUUACAUGGUACAUAAGAUUCUUGGGGUUUUUUUUCCAUUGAGCAGUAAAUAAUUGCUUUUAUCUCUGACUAAGGAAAGAGCCUGGCAACACCUUCAGGAUACACAAUUCUGAUUGAUCAGUUUA